GUGCGUAGCGGGUCUUGCGUGGUGUGGAGUAAAAUAUUUGUUUGACAGGGCAUCAGGGCAUCAGGGACAGGAGGCGGUGGGCGCAAUGUAAGGGCAAGAGACGGGGCAUCCUCGGCGAUUAAACUACUGACACUUUAUUUUUAAAGAUAAAAACCCGUUUAUCUGCAAUCCUUUGCACUACCGUACAGCGUGAAGGGUUUUUUUGGUGAAGCUCAGCAACAGGGCGCGCGCAUACACACACACACACACGCAUACACACACACACACACACACACUGCACGAUGCCGCUGAACACACGGAGGCUCCCGCCACUAGCACCAGCGCCUCGCCGCUAACUGCGGAACACAAACCGAAAUGCGAAUGGUGACAGGAAGAACAAGUGGAAUAGAGAACAAACCAUGUAGCUUCCCCACCGCGUCCCGCACAGACAGAACACAACUGAACACAGAUAGCUAGCCGAAAGCUAACCGGCUUUAAUUGGCGUCAUACAUGCAAAGUUACUGUAGCUAGAGCAAGUAGCCUGAAACAAAAGGAACCGCGUUAUUUUACACAGCAGGUGCCAAAGAAGACAGGAACCGAGUAUGUUACGGAGAAGGUUGAAUCGUCUGUUUGGUGGGGAUGAAAAUAGAGUGGACAGCAGGACCAUUUACGUAGGACAUCGCACAUGUCCGGCCAUAGAGGCCUUCACCCCUCCUAAAUUCUGCGACAACAGGAUAGUGUCUUCCAAGUACACGAUCUGGAACUUCCUGCCAAAGAACCUGUUUGAGCAGUUCAGAAGAAUCGCCAAUUUUUACUUCCUUAUUAUAUUUUUGGUGCAGGUGAUUGUGGACACUCCAACCAGCCCAGUGACCAGUGGCUUACCGCUGUUUUUUGUAAUAACAGUGACAGCGAUCAAACAGGGUUAUGAGGACUGGCUACGGCACAAAGCAGACUACGAAGUGAACAAGUACCGAGUGAGAGUGCUAGAGAACGGUCGGAUAGCACUUACAGAGAGCGAGAAGAUCAAGGUUGGUGAUAUAGUAGAGGUUGUGGAGGAUGAGACCUUUCCCUGUGACCUCAUUUUGCUGCAUUCCAGUCGAGACGACGAUACGUGCUUCGUCACCACAGCCAGCCUGGAUGGGGAGUCCAACCAUAAAACACAUUACACUGUGCCGGAUACGGAGAAGGAUUUGCAGUCUCUCAUCGCUACCAUAGAGUGUGAGCAGCCUCAGCCUGACCUCUACAAGUUUGUGGGACGGAUGCACAUUUACAAGCCUGAUCAGGAGUCACCAGUGAGAUCAUUGGGUCCAGAGAAUCUGCUCCUUAAAGGUGCAACCUUAAAAAACACCAAGAAGAUUUACGGUGUCGCAGUGUACACAGGCAUGGAGACAAAAAUGGCUCUUAACUACCAGGGCAAGUCACAGAAACGCUCAGCUGUAGAGAAGUCUAUCAAUGCAUUCCUGCUGGUUUAUCUGAGCAUCCUGAUCAGUAAAGCGGUGGUUUGCACCACACUGAAGCACAUAUGGCAGAACCGAGAAGGAUCUGACCGAGCCUGGUACAAUCAAGAAACCCAGAAAGAGAGGAACACUAAUUUGUAUCUGAAGAUGUUUACAGACUUCCUUUCCUUCAUGGUGCUCUUCAACUUCAUCAUCCCUGUAUCCAUGUACGUCACUGUGGAGAUGCAGAAGUUCCUGGGUUCCUUCUUUAUCACCUGGGAUAAGGAUUUCUUUGACCCGGAGAUUCAGGAGGGGGCGCUGGUUAAUACGUCAGACCUCAAUGAGGAGCUCGGGCAGGUGGAGUACAUUUUCACGGACAAGACGGGGACGCUGACCCAGAACAACAUGGAGUUUAUUGAGUGCUGUAUAGAUGGCUUCCAGUAUAAGAACACAGAGUCCUGGAGUGAGGUGGACGGGUUCUGUGUGACAGAUGGGUCGGUGAACAAACUCUAUCAGAAAGCUGGGAAUGAAACGGAAGAGCUUUUCCUGCGGGCUCUGUGUUUGUGUCACACAGUGCAGGUGAAGGAGGCGGGGCCAGAUGAGAUUGACAGCGACCAAAUAGAUGGCUUUGACGGGGAACACUCCCAGCAGGCCGAGCAGACGGGAUACAUUGCAUCUUCCCCAGAUGAGGUUGCUUUAGUAAAAGGAGCCAUGAAAUACGGGUUUACCUUCAUGGGUUUGGACAGCAAAAAGAUGAAGAUAAGAAACAGGCAAAAUGACAUAGAAGUAUACGAGUUGCUUCAUGUGCUCAACUUCGACCCUGUGCGGCGGAGAAUGAGUGUCAUAGUCAGGACCAAGAUGGGUGAGACACUGCUUUUUUGCAAAGGGGCAGAUUCCUCUAUCUUUCCCAGAGUUAGGCCAGAUGAGGUGGACAGAAUCCGCAUGCAUGUUGAGCGCAACGCUACGGAGGGCUAUAGGACUCUCUGUGUGGCCUAUAAACUGUUGAGCCCAGAGGAGUACACUGCAGCAGACGCCAGUCUAAGGGAAGCUCGACUGGCUCUGCAGGAUCGUGAGGAGAAGCUCAUGGCUGUGUAUAACCAGGUGGAGACAGACAUGAGUCUGAUUGGAGCUACAGCAGUAGAGGACAGAUUACAGGAAGAGGCUGCAGAGACGAUGGAAGCUCUACAUGGAGCUGGGAUGAAAGUGUGGGUUCUCACUGGAGACAAGAUGGAGACGGCUAAGUCCACAUGCUAUGCUUGUCGCCUGUUCCGGAGUAGCACAGAGCUGCUGGAGCUGACUGUCCGCACACUGGAGGACGGAGGGAAGAGGCGCGAGGAAAAACUCCAUGAGCUCCUUCUGGACUACCACAAGAGGGCAGUGCAGGAUGCAGCGCCUGUCAAAGCUGGAAUCACCAGGAGUUGGUCCUCAGCCAAUCAGGAGUAUGGCUUCAUCAUAGAUGGAGCCACAUUGUCUUUAGUAAUGAACACAUCUCCUGAUGCAAACUCCAGCCGCUACAAGAGCCUCUUUCUGCAGAUCUGCCAGAACUGCACAGCUGUGCUUUGCUGCCGCAUGGCACCACUGCAGAAAGCGCAGAUAGUGAAACUGGUGAAGAAUUCUAAAGGCUCUCCCAUCACCCUGUCUAUUGGAGAUGGUGCCAAUGAUGUCAGUAUGAUCCUGGAGGCUCAUGUGGGCAUUGGUAUAAAGGGUAAAGAGGGGAGGCAGGCGGUCAGAAACAGUGAUUAUGCCAUUCCUAAGCUGAAACACUUAAAGAAGCUAUUACUGGUGCAUGGCCACCUCUACUACGUCCGCAUCGCCCACCUAGUGCAGUACUUCUUCUACAAGAACCUCUGUUUCAUUUUACCUCAGUUCCUGUACCAGUUCUUCUGCGGUUGCUCUCAACAGCCCCUGUAUGAUGCAGCCUAUCUGACGAUGUACAACAUCUGCUUUACCUCCAUGCCUAUCCUGGCAUACAGUCUGCUGGAGCAGCACAUGGCUAUUGAGGUCCUUCUAAAUAAUGCCACAAUCUACAAGGAUAUUGCAAAGAACGCUAUGUUACGGUGGCGUCCCUUCCUCUGCUGGACCAUAUUGGGGAUUUUUCAGGGACUUCUCUUCUUCUUUGGUGUCAAAUAUCUGUAUAACAACCCGGCACUGCAGGACAAUGGCCAGGUCAGCAUCAUUUCUAGCUUACUCCUUUUACAGUGUUGUGAACAGAAACGGCACGGGCAUUCAUCCUCAAUUUUCUCUGUUUUUAUUUGCCAGGUGUUUGGAAAUUGGUCCUAUGGAACAACAGUUUUUACAGUCCUUGUUUUUACUGUUACAUUAAAGCUGGCCUUGGACACGCGGCAUUGGACGUGGAUCAACCACUUUGUGAUCUGGGGCUCACUGGCUUUCUAUGUGUUCUUCAGCUUUUUCUGGGGAGGAAUAAUCUGGCCAUUCUUGAGACAGCAGCGGAUGUACUUUGUCUUUGCUAACGUGCUCAGCUCGGUGUCUGCCUGGCUGGUCAUCAUUCUCCUCAUCCUCCUCAGUCUCCUACCUGACAUUCUCCUGGCAGUCCUGCGUAAACCCAAGGGCCCCCGUGCUCAACAGAAGAAGUCGGCUCACACGGGUGCAGAGGACAGCCUGUCCUCUCGGUCUUCAGCCAGGCCUCUGCUCAUGAGAACCUUUUCAGACGAGUCCAAUACUGUCAUAUGAACAGCUGUCAGCGGAGACUCUCCUUCAUACAGACAGAUCACAACCAUCACUACAUUGUCCUACAAGCUUCUGAAAGAGCGCUACUGAAAGGCAUGGAAAAGAUUGGAGGAAAAUCCCCAAGCUAUACUGGCUGUCUGUCCUCCUGCCUGAUCAAAAACGGACAAGAAAACAGGAGCAGCUAAAUGAAAACGAAUCAAACCAACAAAGCCUUUCCAUACCAGGCCUGGAUCCAGCAGAUUGACGGCCCUCCGGCUCUUUUUUCACUUUGUUCCUUCUUUACUGUUUCUUGUAUGACUUCACAUAUGCAUACUGUGUUGCAGGUCCUCACAGCACGUGCCACUUUUCAACCACCAUGUUUAAUGAUCUAUCCACCAUGUCCUGCUUCUGCAUGGGACAGCUCUCACCAGUGCCACAUUCCCUCAUCAUUCCAGCAGGGCUUUUUUUUUCUUCUUUUUUCUUGUUUCUUUUUUCUUUCAAGGUUUUUGGUCUAGAUAAUGUCAGACGUUCAAGAUUGUGGGCUUUCUCGAACAUGCUGUAUCGAUGGCCCUGACCUUAAUGGUUUACAAAGCUGCCUUUUAACAACAUGCUGUGUGUCCAUUUGAGUUAUAAGAGAGCUUGUGCAUGUGUUUUCUUGAUGUGUGUGUGUUUGGUCAAAAGUGUGCAAACUCUUCUUUAGAUUAUAGUUUAUAAUGGUGCAGGGAUCACUUGAGACAUCAGAUUAUACAUUACUGAUUGUUAAAAAGUGUAUGCGUAUUUCCAUCAAAUGUUUGCUGAGAACCAAAAAAAAAAGGUCUUCUGGAGUGCUUGCUCUCCGUAACCUGUUGUGCAUGUGCAAAGUAUGUAUGUGGUUUAUGUGAGAUAGACUGAGGUGAACUUGACACAUCUUUAACCAGAGUGUGGAAAACAGUGCACAGUGUGUCUCUUUGUACUGGCCCACGCUCACUUUUUUCCUUUUAUUGUUAAUUUUGCCUUCAACACAAGUAUAGCGUUUGUCUCCGGCUCCUUUGUUCUGUCCUUUACCUACUUUGUGCUUCUUUAUACAUUCCAUUUUUAUGUGCCAUGGUUUCAGUCACUUUCUCACUUCUUACUGUUUUUGCUUUUUGACUGUGUGAAUCAAUCUGACAUAUUUAUUUACAUAGUUUUAGUCACAAAGGUUAUAUUUUUAUGAUGUGUAUCUUCUUAUCAUCAGGAACAGUAGGUUUAGCCUGUGUAAUCCCACAUGCUGGGUUAAUUGGAUGUUUGAGAGCAGGGAUAGCUGUUAGAUCAGCACUUCACACAUUACCAGGUUGGUUUCAGGUGGGAGCACAUCUCAAUAUGCCCUUUAACGAGAGCUGAAUGAUUAUAUGUAUGUACUUGCUAGUAGCCCAAAGUGGGCAUGAAGAACCAAUUUUUGGCAUGUUUUAUCUUUUAGAAAAAGAAAAAAAUUGGUCACGUUUUGAAAUCAUUCAGAUCCAGAAGGCAUCGUGCCCCAUUACAGCUUGACCUGAUUUGAACCAGCUGUAUGUGCAUUACUGUGAGAUCAGUGGCGUGUGUUAGACCUCUGACUGUGUCAUGAUGCCAAGCAUCUUAAGCUCAGAUUUCAGUUAGCCUACAAGCACUUUCUAAUUCUGUCAUUAAUUGCUAUUUUGUGAAAAGAAUAUAUGUAUAAGCUCUAUAUUGUAUUUUUUAUUUCAUUUGUCUGAUGAUUUAUUUAGACUGGGUUACACAGCCAUUUAGCAGCAACAUUCUGAGAUAGUCUUAUUAGUCUGAGUCACAGUGCAUGUGUGUACAACGCACACGUACACCAGGGCCUGGACGUGUGUGUGUGUGUGUGUGUGUGUGUGUGUGUGUGUGUGUGUGUGUGUGUGUGUGUGUGUACUCAGAAUGGGAAUGGGUGAACGGGACCUGCUUGCAAUGUUUCAAAUACCUUUAAAUUACAUCAGAGAUGCUAUUUUCACAGCUUAUAACUGUUUGAUUGUCAUACUUGCCUGAAAACAAGAAGAAAAACAUUGACUGUAUUUUUAAUGCACCCUUUUCCAAGCUGUUUUAUAAGAAAAUAGGAGGAAAAUGGCCACACAAAAAAAAAAAAUGCAAGAAUGAGGGUGAAAACUCGGACAGUGGUCAAGAUGUGGUGCUGAAGGGAAUCCAGCACAAAUAAAGGCAGCCAUGUCCUCUGUCAGGACCCUCAGGCUCUGACCCUCUGAGCUGAAUGUACCUCUUUAACACAGUCAGAUCCAAAAAAAAAAAAAACUUUAUAUAAUAAAACUGUUUUGAAAUCAA